CUCGCGCAUCAUUUCAUCAUCCUGCUCGCAGUCACUCGCUGAAGUCGGGAAUGAUGGCGCUGUCGCACACGCCCACCGCACUCAAGCGCUGGAGCUGUCAGGACCGACAGCUCCCAUCCGUCGACAAGAUCAAGGCAAUCCAUGUCUAUGACUUCGACAACACUUUGUUCAAGUCACCACUCCCGAACCGGCAGGUCUGGAAUACUGGAACCUGUGGCUCGUUGCAGGCUCAAGAGUUCCUGCACAAUGGCGGCUGGUGGCACAAUCCCAGUAUUCUGGCGGCGACUGGCGAAGGACUCGAGAAAGAGGAGGCACGGGCCUGGGAGGGCUGUUGGAAUGAAUCGAUUGUGCAGCUGGUGCAGUUGUCCAUGGCGGAGGAGGAUGCAUUGACGGUGCUGUUGACGGGCAGGCAAGAGCAGGAAUUUGCCGACUUGAUUGGCAGGAUGGUCCAGUCCAAGGGACUUGUCUUCGACAUGGUCUGCCUCAAGCCUUCGAGUGGACCAAAUGGCGAGGUCUUCGGCAGCACCAUGAUUUUCAAGCAGGCGCUGCUGCGGGAUAUCGUCUACACGUACCACAAGGCCGAGGAGCUGCGCAUCUACGAGGAUCGUGUCAAGCAUACCAAAGGAUUCAGGGACUUCUUUGCCGACUUCAACAAGACGUUGAUGGCUGGAGUCCCCACAGCACAAGUAACGGUGCCGCGACAGCCCAUUACGGCAGAAGUGAUCCAGGUGACGGAGCAGGACAGCUUCAUGGAUCCCGUUUCAGAAGUGGCUGAAGUUCAGAAGAUGAUCAAUGUCCACAAUCGGGCAAUCUUGGACGGCGUGGCGCCACGCAACGCGCUUCCGUACAAGAUCAAGCGAUCGGUAUUCUACACCGGCUACCUCAUCGAGCAAGCAGAUAUCGAUCGGCUUCGCUCGCUCGUGAGGCCACCGCAGAACUGCCCGGAACACGAGCUCAAACAUCUGGCCAAUAACAUCUUGAUCACACCUCGGCCCGCGCCUCAUAGCAUCCUCAACAAGGUCGGUGGCAUUGGCGCGAAGAUGAGAUGGAAAGUGACCGGUCUUGCCGUCUACGAGCAACGAGUCUGGGCUGCGCGUGUCCAACCUGUACCUGCCAAUGCCAAAGUGUACACGGAGAACGCUACGCCUUGUGUCGUCCUCGCAACGCGACGUCAAGCCAAACCGAUCGAAGCAAGCCGGAUACAGAACUGGCAGCCUGUGCCUGAUCACCAAGCAUUCGAGUUCGAAACCACAGUCGGCGAAAAGGUGCUGCUCAGGAUCGAACAGGAGUAUUCAAACGAGGACGAAUACGAAGCGAGCUUCCCCAACGCUAAGAACGCGAAGAAGCACCCACGCGAAGAAGACUUCCCACCACUCGUUGCAAGCCGACAGCAUGGCAACAAACCUGCGAAGACUCAUCAAGGCGGUCGGGGUGGCUUCGGUGGCAAUCGUAACGACGGCACGUGGAUUCCGAAGCAGAAUGGCAACAACUUCAACAAUGCACCUCGCGGAGGUGGCGCCGGCGGGAAUCGUGGGGCGCGCGGCAAUUUCGCGCCUUCGCGUGGCAGACGGGACGCACGUGGUGGAGGAGCUCGAGGACGAGGGGGAGGCGGCCGCGGCGGCUACAAGAGUCUUGACGACAAUGUCGGACAAGGCUACGGCAGCGGCGGCAUGCAGUACUGAAUGUACUGUUCCUUCUCUUCGCAGCAUGAGGAAUCGGAUCCGGCACCCUCUGUGAAGCCCGAGUCCAUACAGCUUGGUGUGCGGCUGAAAAAGAUUGUACGAUGCGAAUGCCCAGCGGACUGGAAGGACGGUACAGGCAAUAGUUCUUUAGCGAGGAGUUGCGGCGUCUGUACUUGCUUCACUGUUACCGUAUCGCCAUCUCAUUUGCCCCGAAUGUGGUCUAGAGCAGCGAUCACUGCAAUGUCUGCAGAAAAUGGCCAAGCAUGAAGUGAAGACGCAAGGGGUUAGUAACGCCACACAAAAGGCCCAGGGACGAGGACAAUCACGCCGUCGCCUGCGUCGGAGCCGAAAGAACACCGCUUGUGUUGCUUGGUAAUUCUUUCUGUAGUCAAUAGCCGUCUUGCCGUUGCGUUGCGCGACCACUCGCUCACAAGGCCGUGUGAGAGUACGGACGGAAAACCGACUUCUUCCACGGACAUAUCUCCUUUUUGCGGAGAAGACUGCAUCCUCUACCUGCCUAUGAGCACGAAAGGCGAGCGACGGGCAAGACAACACCUCGCUCAAAGAUACGAAUGUGGAUUUCCCAGCACUGGUGCCAGGGAUGAUUGGAUCCUCAGUCAUGAUGACGAUUUUUCGUCUCGGGCACGGCGGCCAUCCCGUCUGUGACGAACGGAUGGAUGGAGGUUCGCUCUCACGGCAUCUGUAUCCUAGUUGCACAUCACCCAGACCCUCACACAAGUUGCGGCACGGCAAGUCUGCGCUUCUGCAACUUUUGUGGAACAUUAGGGUUGAACGACUUGCUGUGACUGGGGUCUGAAGAGCGGCCUUGGUCCCGAUGGACUGCGGCGUGCCGUACCUAGUGUUCUAGCGGCGAGCUACGGCUACGGCUGGUGCAGCGGUGCUUGCGAAUCCACCUGGCCUUACACAGCAUGAAAGGUCCGCGUCCGAAGCUGCUGCUUGUCCUUGUUGGCUCACAGCGAUGAGUCGUAGUUUUCCUGAAUCGCCACUUGAAGAGCAGUAGUGAAAAUCGGGUGAACACUUGCGAUGAAUUGAUCCCGCCUGUCCAGCAUUACUGACUCGACUUCCUGCCAUUGUAUCUCACGAUCAGUGUCGGGACAUAUGUGCUCCACUUGCUGCUGCAGACUUUUUGUGGUACCUCGAGCCGAUACCUCCUACCAGCUUUUCCGACUGUAGAUGGUGCGACCGAUGCACUGGCUAAUGCAUUCGGUAUGCGUCCACGUCGUGCCCUGAGACGUACGUGUUGCGUUCCUCUCCCUGAUGUGGUGAAUGCACAGCACAAUUAUGACGACAAGAAGCAGUCAGACAGCAGGCGUCUC